AUGAGAGAGGAGAUUAGAAGUCUGUUAUUCGUUCUGGGACCCGAGGUUUCUGACGCUUCUGAGGACUCUUCCAGGUCCUUCUACAGUUCUGACCAGCUUUCAGAGGCUCUUCGGGAUCUUCCGCCUGAUCAAUUCGAAGCUGCAAGAGACUGCUGCAUGCGUCUACGCUACCCACCCGCUCUUGCCGUUCUUAUGCAGCGCGAAAAAGACAAUCAAUUGUGCGGGUCCAUCAGUACUGAUCCACAGGCCAAAUCUCGUUCCCUUCGAUCAAUUCACUUUGAGAUUCUCCCUAGUCAUUUUGAGGGAACGGUGGUGAAGCUCUUCGACGAGGUAAGCGUCGCUGCAACGAGAGUGAAAGCAGAUAGAAUCGAGGAAGAUCCUUUCGAGUCAAGCAAGCGAUCUGCAGCUGUUGAUGGUUGUGGAUAUUCCAUUCUUUCGCCGGCCACAAGCACUAAGCGCGCUCGUCAUCAGCGUAAGACGAAAAGGGAAGAGAAUAGAUGGAUUAAGCCUUCUGAUACCAACGAAGAUGAAUCAGAUGGUCUCGAAAUUGUCUCUGUGGUUCCACCCGACGAACAGCUCUUUCCGGCUCCUACCACUACUACCGUUGCCAUCGGGAGUCAAAAGCGGAAGCCAUCAAACCACAUUUCUUCCAUUGUAUCAUCACUUGCCAUUGGAGUGCCAGCAGGGCCAUCAUCAGCACAGCCAUCUUCCCUGCCCCCGUUGCAACAGCGGAUCGAAUCGUCCCACUCUGUCACUCGAUCGGGUUUCGCGGCCUCGUCCGAGUUCACCAUGUUUCAGUCAAAACCGUCAAGUAGACUACGCAAACCCCUUUUGUUUCCAAAGACGGUUUCCUUCUCAUCUAAAUGUCUCGAAGGUUGUCUCUAUCUGGACAAGGCAAGUUUCAUUCCUUUGUUUUACCAACAGCUGGUUGGCUUUGGAAUCCUCUCAGAAGUGGCUUUGGAGAUGACUUCGAUGGCUGUGAGCAGCGACUUCCUCGUUCCUACGCCUUGCCCAUUUGGAUGGCCACAUUUUGUCUGCCUGGAGUCGAAUCCGAGUAGUCCUCACCCUUUUGAGUACUCCUUGCUCGAUAUGAACUUCCACCUUGUUAGGACGGAGCAGUUUCUAUUGAUGGGAGACGCGCUUCGCCUAAUCCUCUUGGCCUACACCAAUCCAACGGCAGAAUGUCGCAACGCUGUGAGGUGUCUAACCGAUCUUUGCCAUCAAAAGAUCCGCUCCAUUCUUGUGGAAAAUAUUCGUGUGCGCACUCCAAAGGGCUUACAAUGCGUACCUUUAGAGUGGUCCUCCUUGCUCUCCUCCUCCUCCUUUCGUCUGCCCAGUCUCCUAUGGCUACCUGUCGUCACUCCACCUUCUCGUGACGUUAUUCUCAGCAUUUUUGACUCCGCUUCAAAAUCGAUUCACUCAAAAUCCUCUGUGGGUCCUUCGUGGACAUCAAGCUGUCCGGUGGAGGAUCUAGCACACAUUGCAGUUGCCCUUUGUCCAAAAUUCUCUGUUCCUGAUCCUCUCAACCCUCCAGUUCCCAUCACAUCUACCGCGACUGUCGACGAAACAGCCUCUGCUCAGGCUCUACGUGACUUCCUCUGUCUCUGCUUUACACCCACAAUCAAGUGGACGUCUGUGAGCUUAACCUCUACUUCAAUCUCUGAAUCGCCUCUGGAGACCCUCAUUCACAUGACGCCGCCACAACUGCGUGCUCUGUGUCAGCUCCUCGACUGCAACCAUGCAUCUAGUUUUGCUGGUCUGGGGCUCAUCUGCCUCCUCUUCAAACGUCUUUUUAUGCACCUCUUUGUCAACGCUUCCCUUGCGGGGCGGGGUAGACUUAUGGUGCUAAGACAUACACUCUGCUUGAUUGAAUGCCCCAUAGAGGAUGGUCUUUACGACUGCGACUUGUUUACUCAUCUCAAAAGCAUCCACUCUCGUGUCAGUGAUUGUCUAAGUCAUCUACGCACCGCCUAUCCGCAACUGGUCUCUGCUGGAGCCUGUCUGACUGCCAAACACCGACUUAGUUGUUCUCCCCAAACCGCUACAGCAGCAGAUAUUGGUAGGUCGCGUCUCUUCACGACGGCACAAGAAGCACGUGAUGUCAUUUUGCGGAUAUUUAAGGAGGUCAUUUACCCUAAUCUCGUCGCGUUGUUUGAAGCAGUUACAGCCGUCCACGAAUUUGUCGGUUUUGUCCUUGCAAGAGACCUUUAUAUGUUCAAGCGACCGCACGGAAUUGGCGGCCGUGUUGAAGAGAACAAUGCCUUUCGUUUGCUACGCUCGGGUAUCGCGAUGUUGAAUCGCUUGGAGAAUAAGAGUGUCUUUCAGAAGAUUAACAAAUCGGAUUCAAAUGUAGGUUUUGAGAAGAUUCUUGAACCAGCGGUGCUAUGCAAGACCAAGUUAGUGCUUCUGCGUCCUCCAGGAUUGUUGUACAUAGUCGAACAGAUGGCAGUGCAGAUAAAGGCCUUUCGACAGAGUCUUAUGACUUCAAGGAUAAAUCUCUGCUCUUCAUGGUGGUCAGCAUUCACUACCAGUGCAGUAGAUGUGAGCGCUGACUCGAACGUGAAGCUCUUUGUGACAGAAAUGCAGUCCAUCUUUGACAGGAUUGAAUGCUGGACACGGAGUCUACACAAUACAGAACUCCGAAACAUCCCCAUCAAGAUGUUAGAGGUGCUUGUGAAAGAGGUGGGGAAAAGAGUUUCUGGAUUACGUGAACUGAAAGUUGCACCCUCUGAAUCGGAGUUACUCGAGGUUCCGUAUGGAUCGAAGAACUCAACAAUAGCAGAACCGAUCCUGACUGCCGUGGCCGUCGCACCACUUCCACCCUGUCCACAGAAUGUCCCAUUUGAUGAGGAACAAGCUGCAGUCGCGUCGGAGGCUUCUAUGAGCCUGGACUUGUUGAAUAGAGCCUUUUCGCUUCCUGAUGACGAAGAAAAUGAUGUUAUAGUGGAGGAGAGAGGAGAGGUAGAGAACAAAAUUAAUGAAACGAACGAAACCACAACAACGGAUGUGGAGAGGGAAUCUGACGUGAUAGAGGUGGUUCAAAGGACGCCACCCAAGAAGGUGGUAAUCAGUGUUAGCGGAGAGGAUGUCACGAUGACAACUAUGGAAGAGGAAUCUAAGAAUUCUCAGGAGGUGGAAGAAGGCGUAUCCACUUCCACCACCUCCAUGAUGGAUCGUCGCACCUUGGGAAAAUUGAAACGAAGUCAGAAGAUUCUGUCCCACCACUGUCAGCAAACUCAAUCUCAGAAGGAGGGAGAAGAGGUAGAGCAAGUAACAACCUCCUGUACCUAUCAUGGAGACAAUCGUUUCGUCAACCUAUGUAGUAACGGCGUGAGCUAA